GAAAAGCCAGACCCCGCGCGGCGGCGGCGGCGGCAAGCCGGGCAUGCUCACUGGCGCCGGCCGGGCCCUCAGCCCCGGCAGGAAGCUCCCGCGCUAGGCGGCCCCCGGCGCUGCCAGCUGGAGCCGGGCGGAGCCGGCGUCCCAGCGCGGGGCGGCUCUGCCAGUCCCCGCGCGCCUGGGCGGCCGCACACGUAUCCGGGCGUCACGUCCGCGCGCGCCCCCGGGGCUUGCGUCAGCUGCCGCUCCAGGAGCGGGUGGGCCCGGCUUCUGCGCACCGCUCGGCUUCGGGGCCGCGACGCCGCCGGGAGGAGGAGUCCGGGGGCGCGCAGGGGUGUUCGGAGCGCCGCGGACCGCGGACCUCGUCAGCGCGGUCCGGCCCCCCGCCUGCCCGCCGCCGGCCGUCUCCGCCGCUCGGUCCCGGGCUGGGCGCGGUGGCGUUGCCCCGGAGCCCGCCGCCCGCGGGGCGCGCAGCGCCUUGACCCCGGCGGCCCCGCGGCAGGCAGGCGCCCGCAGUUCCAUGGUUGGUUCGGAGCGCGAUGAGCCGCCCGUCCUCCACCGGCCCCGGCGCUAACAAACCUUGCAGCAAGCAGCCGCCGCCGCAGCCCCAGCACGCUCCGUCCCCGGCUGCGCCCCCGGCCGCCGCCACCAUCUCGGCUGCGGGCCCCGGCUCGUCCGCGGUGCCCGCCGCGGCGGCGGUGAUCUCGGGCCCCGGCGGCGGCGGCGGCGGCGGCGGGGCUGGCCCGGUGUCCCCGCAGCACCACGAGCUGACCUCGCUCUUCGAGUGCCCGGUCUGCUUUGACUAUGUCCUGCCCCCGAUCCUGCAGUGCCAGGCCGGGCACCUGGUGUGUAACCAAUGCCGCCAGAAGUUGAGCUGCUGCCCGACGUGCAGGGGCGCCUUGACGCCCAGCAUCAGGAACCUGGCUAUGGAGAAGGUGGCCUCGGCAGUCCUGUUUCCCUGCAAGUAUGCCACCACAGGCUGUUCCCUGACCCUGCACCACACGGAGAAGCCGGAGCAUGAAGACAUCUGUGAAUACCGUCCCUACUCGUGCCCCUGUCCUGGUGCUUCCUGCAAGUGGCAGGGGUCCCUGGAAGCCGUGAUGUCCCAUCUCAUGCACGCCCACAAGAGCAUCACCACCCUUCAGGGAGAAGACAUCGUCUUCCUGGCCACAGACAUUAACCUCCCAGGGGCUGUGGACUGGGUGAUGAUGCAGUCGUGUUUCGGCCAUCACUUCAUGCUGGUGCUGGAGAAACAAGAGAAGUACGAGGGCCACCAGCAGUUCUUCGCCAUCGUUCUGCUCAUCGGCACCCGCAAGCAGGCCGAGAACUUCGCCUACAGACUGGAGUUGAAUGGGAACCGAAGGAGACUGACCUGGGAGGCCACGCCCCGGUCCAUCCAUGAUGGCGUGUCCGCGGCCAUCAUGAACAGCGACUGCUUGGUGUUCGACACAGCCAUAGCGCAUCUUUUUGCAGAUAAUGGGAACCUUGGAAUCAAUGUGACUAUUUCUACGUGUUGUCCGUGAUGCACUGAAAUGAUUUGGGCAUAUAGUGCUCUAUGGUUAAUAAAGGUUUUUAUAGAUGUUUUA